AUGGACUUCACGCGGAUCGUCGACGCUGCCACCACGCUACGAUCCUUCUACCCAGAGCUUCGACUGCUCUUCCCGACGGCGGCGGCGCUAGCGAAGGCGCUCGAUCUACUCCUAUCGCCCAACGCCGAUCCGGAGGCGCUCCGUCAGCUGUGGCUGUCUCAGACGACUGAGAGCACUGUCGAUACGACAAAGGCCCGCGAUGACUACCGCAAGCUUGCUGCGCUGAAUGAGAAGCGCGGCGCGUGGCUUUACGGUGGCAGGAAGCAGCUCAAGGAAGAGAAGGACGCCAUGCUCCGACACGUCCACAAGCUGCGAUCGCUCCCUUCUCCAGCAUCAUUCGAGCUGGUAGAGAAGAUCACAGGGAUCUCUACAAAGUGUGCGCGCUCCUGGUACAGCACCUGGCUGAAGAAGCAGGACCAGAGCAACCUGAAGCGAUGGGCGUCGGAGGCGUCGAGUUACAAAGACGACUGGAAGCGCGCAACCAGAGCGAGCAACGACGGGAGCAACGACGGGAGCAACAGUGCCGACAAUGGUAACGAUGCAGGCACCACGCGCAAGCCCGAAGUCACCACGCGCAAGUCCGUCUCCGCCGCCGUCGCCACGCGCAAGUCCACCUCCGCCCCCUCCAUGCGCAAGUCCACCUCCGACGACGACAGCAACGACAGCACCUUCUACCCCGACGAUGACAGCGGCAACAGUGCCGACGACGCCCCAGUGCACCGCGAGACCGAACCGCUGUAUCGACUGCGCUAUCAGAAGAAUGAAGAGCGCGCGGCGGAGACCCAGCGGGGAGUCGACGAGCUGAAAGACCGUCUUGGAAUGCGACUGAAGAAGAUCGGACUUCAGAUCGAAGACUCCGACUCCGAAGACGACCUGUACACCGCCUCUGCUGCCGAGCUCUUCAAAAAACAGUGGGCCGCGCGGAUGAAGGGUCCGUUUCAAGGACGUUUCGAGUUAGUUGAAGACUCGGCAGCAGCGGACUCCAGCGUGUCAGCAGCAGCGUCAACAACGACGGAGUCAGCAACGACGGAGCCAGCAGCGUCAGCGGGUUCACCACCUCCGCGGCGCUCCAGCCGUAUCGGAUCGCCUUCGCCACGACGCUCCACUCGCCUUGGUUCGCCUCUGCAGCACUCGAAACGCAUACGGAGUGAUAGUGUCGAGCAGACGACUACAACCAAGCGUCCUCGCGCGGCCAAGGCGAGUAAGAAGCCAGACAGCGCGGUAUACGUCGGCGGCGAUGUUCUCCGCGGCGAUCUACACGUGCACAAGUACAGCCGCGAGUUCAAGAUCCCAAGCGCCCGCGUCGAUGAGAUCCUCGCGAUGGAGAAGGUCAUCCUCACCAAAGAUGAACAGAAGAAGCGCUACCAAGAUGCCGAAGCCCAGAAGGAGAAGCGGAAGAAAAGCCGCAAGGCAGAAGGGAUGACGACGGACCUUCUUCUGAAGAACCUCCGGACAACCAACCUACCGGAGAAGGUCAUUGGCUUGGAGAUUGGCUACUCCCAGUCAGCCGUUAGCGAGUACAAGCGUCUGAUCAAGCCGCUGCUCGACAAGCGUGAGAAGCAGCAGAAGAAGAAGAAGCAGGCCGACGCGCAGGACGACGACAUGCAGGACGACGACAUGCAGGACGAUAUGCAGCAGGACAUGCAGCAGGACGACGACAUGCAGGACGACGUGCAGGACGAGAGUGUGGCGGAUCAGCAGGACGAAAGCGUGGCGGACAAGCAGGAUGAGCAGGACGAGAAGUAG